AUGACUUUGUCGGACACCUUCACUGCCAUCCCUGUCUUGGACUAUUCUCUCGCAACCUCAUCGGAUACCAAGGCCACCUUCCUGAGAGAGCUGCGCAAUGCUCUCGUCAAUGUGGGGUUCUUCUAUCUCACCAACCCGCCGGUAUACGGAGUAAACACUUCCUGGGGUAUUCUCGGCUGGGAGCAGAGUUCACAGCUCGUAAAGUCGGAUUAUCGAGAGCAAUUUGAUUUUGCAACUGAAUUGCCUCCACCUCGUCCGGACGAGCCACUGUAUCGCAAUAUUCGAGGUCCUAAUCAGUGGCCGGACGAAACUGCGAUCCCUGGCUUCCGCCAUGCUCUUGAGUCAUACCCUAGCUGA